UUAUCCAGAUUUAGUCCCCAUAUCACAUAGAACACUCGUCAAGAAUGACGCAAGAUUCGAUCAACACACCCAAUGUCAUUGAAUGGGGAAAAAAAAAAUUCAAAUUUGGAAAAUUUUUAAAUUGUUCUUUUGCCAAAAUACAAAAAGAACAAAAAUCUUAUGUUCAAUGGGCAAUGUCGCAAAGUGAACCUUCUGAAGCUUUGCGUGAUUUUAUAAAUUACGUGAAGGCAGUGAGUAUGACGACAAUUUCUUCACAACAUACGGAAAAAAAUGAAGAACAUAUCAGUAAUGUUAAAGAUUUUACUACUCCAUUUCAAUACAAGUUGCAAGAGUCAUCCCAGGAUUUGUCACAGGACACAUUUCAAGAAUCAUCCCAACAAGUCGGUUUGUCUUCCACACUCAAAGACAGCAAUACCAAUUCUUCUAUCGUCCUACAGUCUGACAACUGUUCUCUUGUUUUAUAUUUAGUAUCACCUAGUUUAUUUUCUGUGAUGUAUCAAAACUCUAAUAAAAAACUAUGUCAUUUCAUACCAUCCGACGUUUAUAAACUCAUCGCGCAUUUAAGAGUUCAGGAUAAAAGCCAAAAAAAUUCAUCGCAACUUCAUUUUCUUGCAGAAAAUUAUCCUCUAAUUAUUUCUAUUCUUCAACAGGAGAAAUUUGAUGUUGAAGGGAUCCCUGAAUUUUUGUUAAUGGCAUUUGAAAAAUUUCGUUCCUGUUUAUCUAAAACAUAUAAGAUUGAUAGAAAAUCUGCUAAUAUUCUAACCCGUACACAUUUGCCCGAUACAGAUAAUAGAAUUCUUAAUAUGCAAACUCUUAUAGGAAGCACUCUUUAUCAAGCUUUUAAACCGUUUCAACUUGAAGGUGUUUUCUACGCUAUACGUAAUAAUGGUCGCUGUUUAAUUGGAGAUGAAAUGGGUUUAGGAAAAACUUUACAGGCUCUUGGAGUCGUUGCAGUAUUUUCGAAUGAAUGGCCUUGUCUUGUAAUAUGCCCAUCAUCUAUAACGUUUCAAUGGAGAGAUCAAUUUCAACUAUGGCUUCCUCAUCUUAUUAAGCCCCAUCAGAUUUGUGUAUUAAGAUCUGGAAAAGAUCAACUUGAUUUGGAAAAGUCUAAAGUUAUUAUUUGUUCUUAUGAUCUGAUAAAACAAUCGAAAUUUCGUCUUUCUUAUCAAGUCGUUAUAUGUGAUGAAUCGCAUUACAUUAAAAAUCUGUCGUCUCAACGAGCUUGUAAAAUUUUACCCUUACUUCAACAAGCGAAUCGAACCAUCUUAUUGUCUGGAACCCCAGCUCUUAAUAAGCCUACUGAGCUUUACACUCAAAUUUUUGCUUUGGUGCCGCAAUUCGCUUCAGUCAAAGACUUUUCAAUGCGAUAUGCUCAGAUCAAAUUGAAUCCUUGGAGUAAAAAACCAAUGUAUUCUGGUCAUCGUUUAGUAGAAGAACUACACUUAUAUUUAGUUGAAACAGUAAUGAUUCGAAGGUUGAAACGUGAUGUUCAAGCUCAACUCCCACCCAAAUUUCGUUCAAAAAUACCAGUGAGUUGUUCAUUAAAAGAGUUAAGCGAAAUUAAAAAUCUUUUAACGACACACAAGGAAGAUUUUCAAGAAACCACUUUAGAAUCUUUUUUCUCUUCAACUGCCGAAGACAACCAAACUUCAAAUCUUAGUAAAAAAGGUCUUAUGGCUCGAUUAUUUCAAUUAACAGGAUUAGGAAAAAUUAAAGCUGUGACGCAACAUAUUGAAUAUUUGAUUUUAAAUGGAUGUGAUAAAAUUCUAAUUUUCGCGCAUCAUCGAAAUGUCAUGGAGGCUCUUAAUGAAUUUCUAUUAUCUUUUAAAGUGUGUUUUGUUCGCGUCGAUCAAACAGUUUCUAUCAAUGAACGAGAAAAUAAUGUCAAGUUAUUUCAAAAUGAUCCCAAGUGUACAGUAGCCUUAUUAUCUAUAACUGCGUGUAGUCAUGGCCUUAAUUUAACAGCAGCGGGAACAGUUGUAUUUGCUGAGUUGUAUUGGGUUCCCGGUGUUAUAGUACAGGCAGAAGAUCGGUCUCAUCGUAUGGAAACGACGCAUUCUUUUAUUAAUGUUCACUAUAUUAUAGCACAGAAUACUAUUGAUGAACUUAUAUGGAGAACCUUAGAGAAAAAGUGGAGUGCUGUAACAUCAAUUUUAAAUGGAAACGAAGAAUGUUACGCAACGACAUUUCACGGUCCUUCAUUAUCGACUCACACUCAAAAGACUGCCGUUGAGGAUAAUGAAUUAUAUAUUCACAAAAAUAGUUCCCUGCAAACUGAAAAGGCAUCCAUCAAAACAAAAUCGAACUCUUCCAUAACGUUUUAUAUGGUCCCGAAAAAACGGGAAUACCCGUUUUCCUAGCAAAUUUUUUUUUGUUAGUCUUAUAAAAUGCAUCAUUUUUUAUUGAAUACUAUUUUCUUUAAAACAAAUAUAAAUUUUUGCAUCCAUU